UUGUUUUGUUAACAUUAUAUUUGGGGAUAAUAGACCGAAUGGGUUCUUGCGAUAACAUCGUGAUUAUACAUUUUUUUUUAUCUCAUAGUCACUUCAGGAAAUACGGAUGAAGUAUAAAUAAGCUGAUAUUGGAAUUUUCUGUAUACGUGUCGAUGGGAGGAGUAAAUUGGUUAAUUUGAAGUAUAACAAAUAUAACAUAGAACAGAUAUAAUACAACGUUUGAAAAGAUGACAGAUUCCGCCUUUGUUAUUCUCGUUGAAGUUCUGUUGUCAAUUAUACUGGUCGUCAUCGUGCUUGGUAAUCUUUUUGUCAUUGAAGCUGUAUGUCGACAUGUUCGUCUUAGAACCAUACCGAACAUUUGUAUAGUUUCGCUGGCUGUUGCCGAUCUGUUCGUUGGCUUACUCAAUAUCCCUAUGUAUAUGUACGCCAUAUACAAUGAAAACCAUUCGCGUGAUUAUAAUUUGGCGCUCGAUUCGUUAGACAUGUAUUUUGGAGCUUCGUCGAUAUUGCAUCUUGCUUUGAUUAGUAUGGAGCGUUGUUACGCAAUCACGUGUCCGCUAAGACGAAGAUUUCUACAAAAAGGAACGGUCAUAAAGAUUCUCAUUUUUCUAUGGUUGGCAGCAAUAACCCCAGUUGUUAUUUACGUUUUAAAAGUUCCAAGUUGGCCAGCCCUAGUAUUGAUUGUCUGUUUUCUUGUUCCACUGAUUAUUAUCGUGACGUCGUACACAAUAUUGAUGAUAUCCGCAAAAAUAUCACGGAAAAAAAUGGAGAAACAUCGAGUGCAACAAACUAGCAAUGAUAUAAAAUUGGCCAAAACUCUUUGCAUCGUCGUCGUGGUUUUCAUAACAACUUGGACACCAUUCUUCAUAGUGCUCGCCAAUUUCGUCUAUCCUGAACAUCUUUCAUUAAACUUGACUGUCGGACAACAAACAUAUUUGUCAUAUUUCGUCAAGUUCUUUCAAUAUGCAUCAUCGGCUUGCAAUCCUUUUAUAUAUGCAUUUCGUCAACGAGAAUUUACUAACGCCCUGCACCACCUUCGCGCAAGCUUAAAGAAGCAUAAUUGUGAAAGGUCCAGUGACAGUGUUGUUUGUGGAGACAGUCGUGCAACGAGAAAAACGACGACCAAAACCUCAUAUAAUCGAUUUUUAAAGCCAAAAUCAUUUGAGAGGAACGAACAGCUUUCUUUAACCUGUUUAAAUGAUCAGACAUGUCAUGGGAAUAAUAAAAAACAUAGCUCAACAAGAAAAUGACGUGAUAAGUAAAUAACACAUCAUUUUUUAAAAUUUUAAACCCAAUGCUCAAUAGAUGUUAUUAAUGAAAUUACAUUCAACAAAGCCACAUGGCUUACAGAAUAAAAUAUGUUAAUAUCUUAGCAAGCAAAUUUGUUAUAAUCUUAGCACACAUCAAAUGUGGUAUAUAACUGCCUAAAAUAGACAAAACACUUCUCGACGUUUCAUAGCUCUCGUGCCGAAGGCUCUCAGGUCGAAACGUCGAGAAGUGUUUUGUCUAUUUUAGGCAGUUGUUAUGCCACAUGUGUUGCUAAGUUGUUUGA